UUUUCGACCAUGAUGGCUGCAGCACCCCAGCAAUCCUUCCAGUUCCCUCAUUCAUCUCCACUCGAUACCCUCGUUCGGAAAACUUCGGCCCGGAGAGCUCCAUCGUCUCGAGAAGACUUCAAUGCCGCACGUGAAGAACGGAGACACCCUCCGCCGAUUUCCACUGAACGCCAACCAUACCAAUCCCACCAUACCGCCCCGUCCUCUCCCUUACUCCACAGCCAAUUUAACAGACAGUCUACCGCCACCUGGGGAGACGGGCUAUCCAAUUUUGACAAUAAUUCGUCGUAUCUCGAUCUCUCCAAAGACUCCGAUCCGCCAGAAAUAGACUAUGGCAGCUAUGACACCCCCGACACACACCUCUACCAACCAGAGUCCCAUCUCUUCCAACCUCCCGCCCUCCGUGACUCGUGGCAGUCUUCUAGCACCGGUCAACGAGCGUUAGACGAGUCGGACUGGCCCGCGGUGCCCAUCGUGACGGUCUCUGCGCCAGUAUCUGGCUAUGCUGCAGGCAAAACUGCGAUCAUAAACCCGACUUCUUCCAACUAUUCGCGUCCCGCUCGGCCUGCGGUCGAAUUACCCGAGGCUUACGAAGACGAGCAAAAGAAACGGGUCUUGGAACGAAAUGGGCGAAAGGCGGCCCCGAACACGCCUGAUAACCAGGGUUUUCAGCGUUCACCGCUGUCACGAGCAGCCAGCACCUCCUCUUCUGUGUACAGCAGGGAAUCUGUAGCCACAAUUCGUCAAGAGCCUGAGCCACCUCGACCACCCAUAACUCCUGGCGGGUCAGGCCCCAUCGCACUCCCAAGACGGCCGCCUUCGCCAAGAAACAGCUCUCCCGUUAGUUUGUAUUCGGAUUACUCUUUCUACCAGCUCGACAGUGCCACCCCGUCUCCGACCGACAAACAAUUCAAACCUCGAUCUCCUUCAGCACUCCAACAACAGCAUCGAGAACCUUCGCAAGAGCCCCCAAGCCGCCACGUAGCGUUUGCUACAUCUGCCCCCCAACCCUCAUCAUCCCCGACGAUGCGGACAGCCCAAGAGUUUCUUCAGCUUGGCAUAACACAUCACGAGAACGAUCGGCUUGCCGAGAGCGCAGUUUGCUUUGAGCGUGCUGCGACACUCGAUGGAGGCUGUGGUGUAGGCAUGCUUAUGUGGGGACUGGCGUUGCGCCACGGCUGGGGGUGCACCAAGAACGAGAAGCAUGGAUUCAAAUGGCUACGCCGGGCAGCAGAACAUGCCGUCAGCGACCUCGAAGCUGCCCGUCAAGGCGGCGCAAUUGACGAAAGCGCCAUCCAGACAGAGCUCAUCCUCGCUAUCUACGAGGUGGGGCAGUGCUUCUUCCACGGCUGGGGAAUUCCAAAGGAUGCCAAGAUGGGUGUGAGCUAUUACACGGUCGCCGCGCGGAUGGGCGAUGCAGAUGCGCAAAUGGACCUCGGGUUCUGUUUGGCCAAUGGCAAAGGCACCAAGAAGGACAGGAAGGAGGCUGCGAAGUGGUACCGUGCUGCUGUUAAGCAGGGCCAAAGCGACAUUGGUCUCGCUUGGAUAUAUAAGGAGAAAUUUCAAUAA